AAAUCAAAUUUUAAAGUGUGCUUAAUGAGAUUAAAAUUAAUGUUUGUUACAAGCACCUACGAUAAGAAAUUAAAAUAUUUAACACCUGUACAUAAUAAUUCAAUUUAAUAUACAUUUAUUUUCAUUAUAACAAGUAAAAUAUCUGUAAACCAUAAAGUAGUAAACUAGUAAGUUCUUUAUGUUAUAAAAUAAAAAGUAAAAUAUUCUUCAAUUAAGAUGGCAGAAACCAAAGUUAUCAUUGAUUGUGAUGCUGGUAUAGAUGAUGCACUAGCAUUAAUAAUAUUAAUUGCUGCUCAUAAACAGAAGAAAAUUCAGAUUGAAGCAAUUACUUGUGUUAAUGGUAAUACAACUGUAGACAAUGUGGUAAAAAAUGUAUUUAGAACUUUAGAUGUUUGUAAGGCAACAGAUAUACCAGUUUAUCAAGGAGCAUAUGCACCUUUACUUUGCAUUAAAAAUGCAGUUCAAGAUCAUUAUCAUGGCAUUGAUGGAUUUGGAGAUGUAUAUAAUACCCAGAUAGAUACAAGUAAAUUAGAACACGAACAUGCUGCAUAUGCAUUAAAUAAGAUUGUAUCAAAACAUCCCAAUGAAGUGAAUAUCUUAUGUAUAGGACCAUUAACAAACAUAGCAUUGGCUAUAAAAAUGUACCCCCAAUUUGUGGACCAUGUUAAAGAAUUUUACAUUAUGGGAGGAAAUGCAACAGCACAAGGAAAUAUUACACCUCAAGCAGAAUUUAAUUUUUACAUGGAUCCAGAAAGUGUACAUAUAGUAUUUAAUAAUAAUAAAAAACCUUUGAGGCUGUUACCAUGGGAAACGUGUUUAAAAUCUUGUAUUUCGCAUGAAUGGCGGAGAGACAUAUUAGGUAAAAUGGAUAAACCUUGCAUUCAGCUUAUGAAUGAUAUUGAAUAUGCACAUCAAAAGACAAGAAAAAGACAAUUUCCUAAUUAUAUUACAUGUGAUGCAAUUCUAGCUGCAAUAUUAUUAAAGCCAGAAAUUGCUCAAAAUGUAGUGCCAUAUCAUGCUGAUAUUGAAUUAAAUGGUACUAGAACACGAGGUCAAGUUGUACUUGAUCAUUUAUUGUCAAAUGAACCUAAUGUACUCCUAAUUCAAAAUUUUGAUUCAGAAAGUUUUAAAAAACUUUUAAUAUUUUCUAUAGAUAACUUAGAUUAUAAUACGACAAAUAUAUAAUAAAGUUAAAACUACAAUAUGUACAUGAAUAAUAUUUUGCGCAUAUAUAUGUAUUUUUAUAUUUGGUUUGUUAUUAUAUGGAAACACAAGAAUGAUUUUAUAUAUUACUCAAAUUCUAAUAGGAAUGUUCCCAAUUUUUAAAUAUUUAAAUAAUACCAUAUUGUACUAUAAAACAGUAAAAAAUAUAAUGUCAUACUGUUUUAUUAUUCAA